AUGUUCACCACAGAAUAUCCUGAAUUCAAUUGGUUGACCCCUGAGUACAUUAAGAACUUGUUAAAAGCUUAUUUAAAAGAUAAAUCUCUUGAAAUUAAAUCCUUAGAAGUUAAAGCAGCUUCUGGAAAAGGAGAAUCUUUCGCCGGAAUUUUACUUCGCGCCAAAAUUUCGUAUUCAACAACAAGCUCUAUUCUCAAUGAAACUUCCUUAAUUCUGAAAACUCAAAUCUGGAAUGACUUCACGGAAAAAACUCUCAAAGUCUACGACAUUCACAACAAAGAAAUGAUAAUUUACGAAAAAAUCUUACCCAAAAUCCGUCAAUUGCUGCUGUCAAUUGGAGAAAAGGGCGACAUCUUUCCCACAGCGAUCCACGUUGAUCGCGAAAACGACGUGAUUGUCUUCGAGGAUCUCUUGUUGAAGAAAUAUCAGAUGAAAAAUCGGCUACAAGGCUUGGAUCGGGAACAUGCCUUACUGGCAUUGUCUAAAAUGGCGAAAAUUCACGCAGCAUCGGCAGUUUUGUACGAAAAGGAUAACAAAAUUUACUCAUCUCUUGUCUCAGGGAUGUUUACGCGUCACACGGAUUGUUACCACACAUUUUUCAGGACUUUUUGGUCGACAUGCGCUUCGGAAGUCAGUAAAUGGGAAGGAUUUGAACAUUAUGGACUCAAAAUGAAGCAAACGACAGAGGAUGUGAUUGAAAAUGCUUGUAAAGCCUAUGAUUUGGAGGAUGGAGACUUUCAUGUUUUGACUCAUGGUGACUUUUGGGUUAACAAUAUAAUGUUUCGUUAUGAUGAAGAAGGAUCGUUGAAAGAUGUUGUUGUGCUCGACUGGCAAUAUGCUACUUAUGCCUCACCAUUUGUAGAUUUAUUCUUUUUCAUAUUUACAUCAACUAAUGAUGAAAUUCGCAUUAAUCAUGCUGAUCUUUUGCAAUUUUAUCACAAAGAACUAACAGAAACUUUGAAAAAAUUGAAAUAUCCGAAGCAUAUUCCAACUUUACUUGAAUUUCGACUACAAUAUUUAAGAAAAUCGUUUUUAAAAGCCACAUCCUCAAUAAUUCAUUUACCAAAUGCAAUAAAUGAAGUAACGGAUGAUUCUGAAUUUGAGUCGCUUCUUUUGGACAAUGAAAAGGCUCGAAGAUACAAGAAUACGGUAUUGAAAAAUCCAAAAUAUCGACAGAUUUUGGAAAAAUUGCUGCCGAUAUUUGAUGCUGAAGGACUACUGGAUGGUCCAAUAUAGCAAAAAAUGUUAAAUUUAUGAAGAUUUUGUAAAAAAAAUAAUUUAAA